AUGUGUUCAGGCAGAAACGAGUCCACUUUCGGUCAAGACGUUUUCGUAUUCAUAUUGACACACGUCUUGGUUAUCAGCACACUCCGUAGUGUUGACUCAGUAUCCGAAGAACAAUCAUGUUCACGAACAGACUGUGUCAAUUGUCGGGAAUUUUUGCUGGAUGCAGUUCUCGCUCCGAUGCCACACGGAAUUAUGCCUGAUAUCUGGGGUGUUCGGCAACAUCCGGACCCGGGUUUAGGAAUUCGGCACCUAUGCCACAGCAACACUGAUUUUGCGUCACAUAUUUCUUUUCGCUUCUCCGUUUCUUCGAAUACAUCCAGGUUACUGCACUACCGGACCUCGCAACUGAAGGCAGUUUCGGCUGAUAAAGUUGGUUAG